UUAAAUUCAAUAUUUCCUAAUCGAAAAGAUAGUGUUGUCAUGAGUCAUGACCUUUUUAUUAGGUCUCGUAUUAUUCGCCUAAGUAGCUGAAAUUUUAUACAAUUAGUAUUUUCAUUCCAAUUGUGUUAGGAGAUUAGGUCCUCUCUAACCAGCAAUAUGUUUAUCACAACAGGAUUACUCGGUACAUUCUUAAUUUUAUCUGCUGCAAUAUUCCCUGAAAUAUUUGCAAAAAAAGAUCUUGUUUUCAAAAAUUUCCAUGGGGAAUUUUCCUUAGCAGCUGCAAGAGCCAAUGUCGAUGCUGAAACUAUCCUUAUGGAAAAAUCUACCCUCACCGCUUUUCCCCUAUCCUUAUUUUCUAUAAUGGUAAAUUCAAGGAAAGUGACCGUAAAAACAACAAAAAUAUUACAACCUAUGGAUCCAAAUAUGUAUGAAGGUGGCCGCAAACUUGAAGAAAUCUUAUUUUCACACAAUGAAAUCAAUGAAUACCCAGUACGCAAUUUUCGUAACACAACCUUUGAAAAAAUAACAAUCCAAGCCCAACCACAGGUUAAGAUAAUCACGAAAGAUUUUGCUAGCGAAACUCAACGUCUGAAGUACUUCGAAUGCAGCGAAUGUAAAAUAGAUACCAUAGAAGAAGGUGCUUUUAAUAAUCUGGAUAAGCUUGAGGUUUUGGAUCUCCAUAAGAAUUCAAUCACAAAAUUGACAGAUGACACAUUGAGUCCACUGAAAAGUCUGAAGAGAUUGAACUUAGCCGAGAACCAGCUAACGAAAUUGACUACAAAUGCAAUAAAACAAUGCACGAAAUUAGAGAAUAUUGAUUUAAGUGACAAUCCUCUCACGGAGCUGAAUUUACUCGACGCUAAUGAAGUCUUACCUAAUCUUAAAACAGUGAGCCUCAUAAGAACACAAAUUCCUGAGGCUGUGAUCGAAGAACAUAAGCAAAAGACAAAAAUUCGAUUCUUAACUGUUGAAGAUAACCAAAUCAAAGCAUAACUUAAAACUUUAUCAUCAAUUACUCAAAUUUGAAUAUAAAAUAAACUGGAAAAUGU